GCGCAGGCGUACUGCGAACGCCGGCUGAGCUGGGUCUCGCUGUGCUGGUUGCGCGGCGGUGUCGGCGAGCGAGGCCUGGUGAGCACCGCUGAGGCGCGAGCUGGGUCUUCGAGGUUGUGUGCGGGAGAGGCACGGCAGGCGAGCGAGCGAGCCAGAGGCUCAACCCAGCAGUGGCACCGGGAUCGGCUGCCUUGAGCUUGAAGUCAUGACUACCCCAGGAAAAGAGAACUUUCGCCUGAAAAGUUACAAAAAUAAGUCCCUGAAUCCUGAUGAGAUGCGCAGAAGGAGGGAGGAAGAAGGACUGCAGUUACGUAAGCAGAAAAGAGAAGAGCAGUUAUUCAAGCGAAGAAAUGUUGCUACAGCAGAAGAAGAAACAGAAGAAGAAGUUAUGUCAGAUGGAGGCUUCCAUGAGGCUCAGAUUAAUAACAUGGAGAUGGCACCAGGUGGUGUUAUUACUUCUGACAUGAUUGAAAUGAUAUUUUCCAAUAGCCCAGAACAACAGCUUUCAGCAACGCAGAAAUUCAGAAAACUGCUUUCAAAAGAACCUAAUCCUCCUAUUGAUGAAGUCAUCAGCACACCAGGAGUAGUGGCCAGGUUUGUGGAGUUCCUCAAACGAAAAGAGAAUUGUACAUUGCAGUUUGAGUCAGCUUGGGUACUGACAAAUAUUGCUUCAGGAAAUUCUCUUCAGACCCGGAUUGUGAUUCAGGCAGGAGCUGUGCCUAUCUUCAUAGAGUUGCUCAGCUCAGAGUUUGAAGAUGUCCAGGAGCAGGCAGUCUGGGCUCUUGGCAACAUUGCUGGAGAUAGUACCAUGUGCAGGGACUAUGUUUUAGACUGCAAUAUUCUUCCCCCUCUGCUGCAGUUAUUUUCAAAGCAAAACCGCCUGACCAUGACCCGGAAUGCAGUAUGGGCUUUGUCUAAUCUCUGUAGAGGGAAAAGUCCCCCUCCAGAAUUUGCAAAGGUUUCCCCCUGUCUGAAUGUGCUUUCCUGGUUGCUGUUUGUCAGUGACACUGAUGUACUGGCUGAUGCCUGCUGGGCCCUCUCAUAUCUAUCAGAUGGACCUAAUGAUAAAAUUCAAGCAGUCAUUGAUGCAGGAGUAUGUAGGAGACUUGUGGAGCUGCUGAUGCAUAAUGAUUAUAAAGUGGUUUCUCCUGCUUUGCGAGCUGUGGGAAACAUUGUCACAGGCGAUGAUAUUCAGACACAGGUAAUUUUGAAUUGCUCAGCUCUGCAGAGUUUAUUGCAUUUGCUGAGUAGCCCAAAGGAGUCUAUCAAAAAGGAAGCAUGUUGGACAAUAUCUAACAUCACAGCUGGAAAUAGGGCACAGAUCCAGACUGUGAUAGAUGCCAACAUUUUCCCAGCCCUCAUUAGUAUAUUACAAACUGCUGAGUUUCGGACAAGGAAAGAAGCAGCUUGGGCCAUCACAAAUGCAACUUCUGGAGGAUCAGCUGAACAGAUCAAGUACCUCGUAGAACUGGGCUGUAUCAAGCCACUCUGUGAUCUCCUCACAGUCAUGGACUCUAAGAUUGUACAGGUUGCCCUAAAUGGCUUGGAAAAUAUCCUGAGGCUUGGAGAACAAGAAGCCAAAAGGAAUGGCACUGGCAUUAAUCCUUACUGUGCUUUGAUCGAAGAAGCUUAUGGUCUGGAUAAAAUUGAAUUCUUACAGAGUCAUGAAAACCAAGAGAUCUACCAGAAGGCCUUUGAUCUUAUUGAGCAUUACUUCGGGACCGAGGAUGAAGACAGCAGCAUUGCACCCCAGGUUGACCUUAGCCAGCAGCAGUACAUCUUCCAGCAGUGUGAGGCGCCUAUGGAAGGUUUCCAGCUUUGAAGCAAUACUCUGCUUUCAUGUCCCCGUGUCAGACCAGGCUACCCAGUCAAGUCCUCUUGUGGAGCCCACAGUCCUCAUGGAGCUAACUUCUCAAAUGUUUUCCAUAAUACUGUUUGCGCUCAUUUGCUUGCCUUGCGCACCUGCUCUCUUACACACAUCUGGAAAACCUCUGGCUCUCUGUGGUGGAAUACCCUUCUAAUAAAAGGGUAACCAGAACGGCCCACUCUCUUAUGGAAAACCCUAGGCUUUGGAGAUCCGCAGUUAUAUAUUAUAGAGUCAUGGGAAUAUACACAUAACAAUGUGGCUCCUUUUUUUUUUUUUUUUUCUGGGGGAAAAAAGAGGACUCCUCAUUCCCUUUAAUGUGGGAAAAAAUACAUUAAAAGAUGAGACUAAACCUUUAUCUUGAAUUUCACACAACUACUUGCAACAAGGGAGAUGUUUAGACCUGUUGUGUACUUCAGAGUACUUUUCAUGAGUUCUUCCACAGUGAACCCUUGGAUUACCUGGUGGCUUUUUCUAGCCAAAUUUGCAUUAAUCCUUACUGAGAUUGGAUGGUUUUCUUUCCUCUGUUGGCGCCAUUCUCCACAGAUACUCAACCAUCCGCUCCCUCACCUUCAGCCUUCAGUGAAUGUGCUUUCUAGUUGUCAGGAAUGCUGAAGAAUUAACACUUUGACUCUUAAAUGUGAUACUGGUUUGAAGAUUCCCUUAGAGCAAAAGGAGAGGGGCACAUAUUAAUUUGUAUGGCUAUUGCUUCUCUUUGGUCUUAUGUGUCUUAGGAUUUGGAAGUGGUUCAAUUCUAAUGCUGGUAUGAAGAUUUAGAAUCCUUAGUGAUCGAAACCGUAUCCUGUAAUUCAAUAAACAAGUUAAAAACAAAUAGAAAAAAAAAAAGCCCUCUGAUUUCCCCAAACUUAACCAGUGUGACUAGAGGCUGUGUUUCUGCAUUAAAACAAAUGUUUCAGGCUUUGUGGUCCUGAUCAAGGUCCUCAUUAAAUUGGAGUUCACCCUAGGUGCUUUUCCCCUCUGUGACUGGCAAGUAACACAUGCUUUUAAAGGUUACUUAGGGAAUUCUUUUUUUUUUCCCCUUAGUUGGGUGCAGCUGGAUUCUCAUGUAUUCAUACUGCACAUAAGUAGCAUCCUUAUCUUAAAUAACCAUCUUCUGGACAUGACCUGUUUAACCCAAAUAAGGGCAGUGAUCUUUUUCUUAUAACCUCAUUGUUCCCUAAUCAUUUCAUUUCAUCUCCUACUAGUACUACCCAGUCAAGUCCCCUCCAUAAAAUAAAAACAGUUCUACCUUCUGGCUCAUUUAAUGAUGACUGCAAUCUCUACCUGCAAAUGGCGCUUCCAGUACUGUCUUCAGUGAUCCACAUUUGUGCUCAGACUGGAAUGAAAAAAUAAGCUUAAUUGCCAAGAGAACUGCAACUGAGUUCAAUACAACUUCUUGGUGCUAGUUGGCCAUCUUGACUCAAUGUUGGGAUAUACUAUCAGAAGAUUUUUUGUUGAUGUGCUGUUCAAAAUGAAUUCUGAAGGAAAAGUUGCUCACUUUUUCAGAGAAUAUCCUUUUAUUAAACCUCUUUACUUUAGUCCUCUUCUAGAAUUCAUUAUAGCCCCAAAGCGUAACUAUUUGGAAGUUCCCCUGACAAGCUGUUACAUCUCUGGUAAAUCCUGCUGAACUUUAGGGACAUUCAGAGCUUUCAUACCUCAUCAUGUUAUUUAAGCAGCCAACUUAUGUGAUCUGAUUUAAACUUAAAAAAAUCCACUUCAUUCAAAGUAGAAAGAUACAAAGACAGAGGACAUUUAUCAGCCAAGCAUGUGAUGCAUUUUUUUUGCAUCUAGUCUGUAACUGUGUCUGUGCUCUGGAUGGAUACCGUCUGAUGUCUGUCUGUUACUGAUGGAGCAGCCACGCAGAACUAGUCAACUCCCAUCUAUAACUGUUACUCUUUCUAGUGCUGCUUUGUGCUGAAAGAACAUUUUAGUUUACUGCACUUGACCUGUAAAAGACUUUGAUUCUUUGUAAUUUUAGGGACAAAUUAGGUGGUUAAUUUAAAGAAAAACUUUCAAUGUUGCCUUUACAUCACAUUAAAAUAUAACUUCUUUCAGAAGGGUAAUAGAAACACUGAUUCAUAGUAAAAAUCUUGUUUUUAGCUUUGACUUUUUCGUGGCUGAGUUUUUUUUAAUUGUAAAUUACUGGUAACAUUAGGAUGUUUUAAAUCAUGUACCUUCUAUUGGAUAAUUUAAAAAAUUUCAGCUCGUUUUGAUAAACCAAUUUGAAUGGAAAAAAUAUAAAACAAAAUUAUUUCCCCAAGUUAGCAAGAAGAGCAUACAUUGGGAUUUUUUGCUAGCAAUUGCAGGUGUCUCAAUGAAUGAAUGAAAACAAAGAAAGUCCAUUUAACUAAUGUGGUCUAUUUUCUGUCUAAAACAAGAGGAAUUUAUGUUGCUCCUGUCUGAGAAGUUCAUGAGCCAUGAGAUAACGAGCUAAUUUUUUGCAAUGAAUUUUUUUAAAUAUAAAAGUUGGAAUUGAUUAAAAGUUAAAUCCCAGCAUAACUGUUGUAACUGAUAAAGCAGCCUUUUGGGCAACAGAAUGACAUUUAGGAGGUAGCUGUUAAGUCCUAUUUUUAGUUCUCUACCUGGCAGAUUGUAUCAAUUUACUUUAUUGUAUAAUCUUAUCACUAAGAUGUUACUUAUUACAAAAGCAUGCUAACUUCAACACAGGAAAACUCUUCUGUAGUUUAAUAUACUGAUGGGGGUGGGGUGGGAAGUGGCUUGAUUUUACUUUCCUCUCCUUUUCUUCCUCCUCCAAACUCUCAAAGUGUAUUCUUUGAAAUGAGAACUUUAGUGGGAAAAAAAGCAUUGAUAACAUUUGGGAUGUAAAGGCACUUUGUAUCUGAAGGACCAGGAGGUAGAUAAAGGCCAGACUGAGAGACACCAAGAAAGGUAAAGAUGAUAGAUACGAAGAAUGGUGAGAAUUAGGAGACAGAGUUCUCCAUGGAACACUUUUAAUUCAUGUUGUCACUAAGUAAUUAGAACCCUUUUAAACUUAUAUCAGCUGUACUGUUUUCGAAAAUUCUAUUGCCCUAGGAUUGUUCCUUCCAUCUGCCAGAUAAAGCUGAAUGGGCUCUGGGUCAUUUUUCAUCGUUAUUGUUACAGAUAUAAACUUUAACAGUUAUCCCAUAAUAAAUCUGAAUUAUUCCAGAUUGUUGCUGACUUUGCAUAAGAAAAAAUAUGUAGUAUAUUUUAUUAAUCAAACUUUGUCAACUAUUCUUUGUUGUACAUGGCCACCCACGGGCAACUAUGAAUUUACUUCUCUAGUGCUAAAUAAAUAUUUCAGUUAUUUAAUACCCCAAUUUGGGGUUGCAUUGUGAAA